UCUUACCCGCCGGAAAUAUUCGGUUGGAGAGAGAGAGAGAGAGAGAGAGAGAUGGAAGAAGAGGAGAUAGGAAUUCUGGAACCUUACGAGCUCCGAUUCUCGGAUCUCAUGAUCUUGACUUCCGACAAAGCUCCACCGCCGACUCUUCCAUCAUCAGACGAGAUCCAACGUUUGGAAUCGAUCUCGAGAAGCGUAAUGGAAACCCUCGGGCCCACAGGUCCAGGCCUGCUAACAAUCACUGGUGUCCCCAACGCGUCCCGUCUCCGCCGAACGCUCCUUCCACUCGCCCGCAGGCUAGCGCUUCUCAACGCCUCCGAUCGCAAACGCCUUCUCAAGGAGCAUGGCUUGGGAAGUGAUGUUCCAGUGAAGAAUCUUGACAGAAGUGUCUCGUCUUUUGCAAUGCAGCUAAAAUAUAUGCAAGGUGUCGAUAGGACCAGUAGUAAAGCAACUGAUGAAGGGAAUGACAGUCAAAACAAAGAACAACAUUGUCCUCCUACGGAGGAGUUGGGAGAUUCUCAAGUUAAUGAAUUUAAGGAUCUGGGUAGUAGUUUCAAGGAGCUAGGGUUUUUGAUGAUGGAGCUGGGGAUUUGCCUCGCGCGAAUCUGUGAUAAAGCCAUUGGUGGCCAAGAGCUAGAGCAAAGCUUAUUGGAGUCAUGCAUGGCAAAAGGCCGGCUCAUACACUACCAUUCAAGUCUAGAUAACCUUAUUUUAAAAGAAGCUGAAGAAAAACAGCAAUCUACUGGGCGAAAAUCAAAUCAGCAGUCAAUCAGGAAUGAGAGACCGAAUACAACUGGAAACGAAGCUAGAAUAAGUGGAAACACUUCCAAUCUGUGGCAGCAAUGGCAUUAUGACUACGGUAUUUUCACUGUUCUGACAUCCCCCUGGUUUAAUUUUCCCUGUCAUAAACAAACAACAAGAGCAAAUGGAUGCUUUUGCACGUCUUGUGAGAUAGAAUAUCCUUCCCCAAGCGGCCACACAUACUUGGAAAUAUUCGAUCCGAACAAGAAUAUCGUUCAAAUGGUUAAGACGUCUCCUGAAAGUUUCAUUCUUCAGGUUGGGGAAUCAGCUGAUAUAUUGUCAAGAGGGAAGCUUCGGGCAAACCUUCACUCUGUCCGCAGACCAGCAAAAUUGGAAGACUUGAGCAGAGAAACAUUUGUCGUCUUCUUGCAACCAGCGUGGAGCAAAACUUUCUCCCUUUCAAAUUACCCAAUCAAGAGUUUUGAGAAAACUUGUGUUGACGAGAAUGACCAUGGUGAACUAGGUCAAGAACUCCAUAAAAUAGUUCCACCAAUUUCAUCGCGGAUGAAGGAUGGAAUGACGUUUGCGGAAUUUUCACGGGAAACUACAAAGCAAUAUUACGGUGUGAGUGGUUUGCAGUCUAAGAGAUAAACAUCACCUUGGGGAAGAUAAUGGGAAGACAAGUCCUUGGAAAUUGUUGCUUCUCACGCCAUUUUGAAAACUGAAAUUUGAACCGUUUAAGCAAUGUAAAGCUACAAUGUGGUUCUGCUUUUUCUGAGUUGGGUUUGGAAAGUAAAUAAGGAAGAACCUUGCUUUCACCAAAGCAAGCAGAAGGAACAUUCAUAUGCCCUGGUUUCAAUGUAAAGCUACAAUGUGGUUCUGCUUUUUCUGAGUUGGGUUUGGAAAGUAAAUAAGGAAGAACCUUGCUUUCACCAAAGCAAGCAGAAGGAACAUUCAUAUGCCCUGGUUUCACACCAUCCACAUUUAGUUGGCUUUGAUACUACGCAUGUUUGACAAGUCUGGGGUCUUUUCGAUGUCAAAAGGGGAUGAGCCAUAGAGAACUGUUAAGGCAACUAGAAAGGGCAGAAGAAGGUAUGCGACAAACAGAAUCAAAACAAUCCAAAUGAUGAUAGAACCAGGCUACCAUAAAGGUCCAGUUGAACGUCUAUUCAUUCAUUCUUUCCUUUUUCCUUCUCACAUUGAGUUUCUCCGUUUUCGGCUGAGCUCUCUCAAGCUCCAUGUUCAAACAAGCAGAAUACUUUUCGGUAAUAUAUCAAGCACUUCCCAUGUAUGCACACAAUA